AUGACGAGGCUUUGCUGCCAUAGGUAUCUAUUGUGUAUAGACGAUUGGAAAACGGUGUUUAAUGCGAAUGAUGGUUUAGAAUGCAGAAAUAGUAAUGAAUUGAUGGUGAUAAAAAAUAAAAAAGAAGAUCCAUCUGGAAAGCCGACACAAUCAGCUCAUCCAGCAAAAUUUUCUCCUGAUGAUCAAUAUUCUCGCCAAAGAUUAAUAUUGAAAAAGCGUUUUGGUCUGUUGUUAACACAAACACCAUUGACAAAAUGUUAA